AUGCGUUCCUUCGUCGCCUUGGCGGCUCUCGCCCUCUCGGGCAGCCUCGACCUUGCUGCCGCCGGUCCUUGCAGACCUAGCAACACUGUGUCUACUUCUGCCACUGGCUCUGCCACCGAGACCUCCUCUGGCGCCUCAUCGUCCUCGACUGAGACCACUGGCCCUCGCAUCAUCAAGAACCUCUGCCAGAACGGUGGCUUCCAUGACCUCAACGUGGACUCCAGCAACAUCCCCAACUUCGAAACUGAGGGUAACACUGAGGGCAGCACUACCGGAGGCUACAAGGGUGACGGAAGCAACGACAACAACUGCGUCAAGUUCACUGUCAGCUCGACUCCCACCAAGCACAAGCGAGCUGUCAGCGACAUUGCCAGCCUGAGCCAGGAGCUGUCCGACCUCAACACUGCGACUCCCUACACGGUUCGCUUCUUCUACUUCAUCCUCACUGCCCCCACCACCCAGAACAUCUGCACUCUCGAGGGUUACAUUGGCUCUGAGCAGUUCUUCACCACCUUCAUCUACAGCACUGGUGCCUCUGCCUUCUACAACACCGCCCUGGUCUCGACCAGCGUCCCCUCCUCCGUGGCUACUCUGUCCAUCCGCGCCAGCUGCUCGUCUGGUGGUCUGGCCUCCCUCUUCGUCGACUCCAUCUUCAUCUCCAACCAAGUCACUCCUCAGAACAUCAACGACUACAGACUUGACUUUGGUGAUGGUGACAUCCGUGAGCCUGUCUCUUCUCCCACCACUGUGGCCACCACUCAGGAGGCUACCACUCAGUCCGCUACUGAGUCUGCCACUGAGACUGGUACCGAGACUGCCACUGAGACUGCUACCGAGUCCGUGACUGAGUCCGCCACCGAGACUGCUACUGAGUCCGUGACUGAGUCUGCUACCGAGACUGCCACAGGCUCUGCCACCGAGUCCGCUACCGAGACUGAGACUGCUACUGAGUCUGGCUCUGCUACCGAGACCGCCUCUGAGACUGCUACCGAGUCCGCUACCGAGACUGAGUCUGGUACCGAGUCCGCCACUGCCACGGAGACUGCCUCGGAGACUGCCACUGAGUCCGCUACUGAGACCGCCACCGAGUCUGGCUCUGCUACCGAGUCGGCCUCUGCCACCGAGACCGCCACCGAGACUGCCACCGAGACUGCCACCGAGACUGCCACCGAGUCCGCUACUGAGUCCGCCACCGAGUCUGGCUCUGCUACUGAGUCUGCCUCCGCCACCGAGUCUGCCUCUGAGUCUGGUUCCACCACUGAGGGUGCCUCCACUACUGAGACUGCCUCUGCCUCUGGUUCUACCACCGAGUCGGCUUCUGCCUCCACCACGGAGUCCGCUACCGAGUCUGGUUCUACCACUGAGACCGCCUCUGCUACCGAGUCCGCCUCCACCACCGAGACUGCCUCCGAGACUGCCUCUACUACUGAGACUGCCUCUGAGUCCGCCUCUACUUCCACUGAGGCUGGUUCUACUACCGAGUCUGCCUCUACCACUGCCUCGGAGUCUGCUUCCUCCUCUACUGAGUCCGGUUCCACCACUGAGUCUGCUUCCACAACCGAGAGCGCCUCUACUACUCAGUCCGCUUCCGAGUCUGCCUCCACCUCCACUGAGUCGGCCUCUGAGACUGCCUCUACCACCGCCUCCGAGACCGCCUCCACCACUGCGUCGGAGUCUGCCUCUUCUUCCACUGAGUCUGCCUCCUCGACUGAGUCCGCCUCCACCACCGCCUCCACCACUGCUGCCCCUACUACCACUGACUUCACCACCACCACCUCUGCCGAGUCCACCACCACCACUGCUGAGUCUACCACCACCAGCGAUGCCCCUGCUUGCUUCACUGCCAACGCUGUUGACGCCGGUGGCUUCGAGGGUGACGAGGCCUUCACCUUCUGGACCUUCAAGGCCAAGUCUGGUGUUGUCGCCAACUCCAAGAACCGACCCAGCCACUCUGGUGACAGCUCUGCCUUCGUCCGCUGGCCCCAAGGCAACAAGAAGGCCAGCAUCACCCAGACCGUCACCGGCCUCGUCCCCGGCGCCAACUACAACCUCGGCUACUGGUACCACGUCGCCAAGGGCGACCACCUCCCCUUCUACGAGUGCGACAUCCUCGUCCGCUUCGACGGAGUCAACUUUGACGACUUUGACCCCUUCUACGACGGCAACGCCUGGAACGAGUACGUCCAGCGCUCCAACACCGUCGUCCCCACCAGCGACACGGCCGUCCUUUCGUUCGAGCUCUCCUGCAAGAGCAACCCCGACGCCUUCUACAUCCAGCUGGAUGAUGUCCAUCUCAACCGCAUCUGCCCCAACGGUGGUGAUGACGAGGAGGAGGAGGAGUAG